AAAUUUAAUUAGACAUCUAGAGGCUAUCAACAAACACCUUGCGUGCCUUCAACCAGGUGUGGUGGAAGUGGAAGUCACCAAUUUCUCAUCCGGCACCAAUUAGCUCACGAGCGUUGCUAAGCUGAUCGGCGGCGACUGAGCGACGUUACGCAGCUACCGCCAAAUCAAAGAGAGGAACAUGUGCGAUUGUGCGAGUGCGAUCCGGUCCCUUUCGUGGAGUGACCUCGACGAACUGGGCCAUAACUAGUCAAGGCAGGGGCAUAAGGGCUUUAACCCUGGUGCACUGACUGGGCCGACAUAGGUUCAAUGGAGAAAUCAUAAGGCCCAACGCUCGCGAGCUAAAACCUCAGAGAAAAAAAAGGGUGACUCACUGACUCCACUGCUCCACCCAAAAAAAUGGCGGCGGCGCCGGAGGAGCUGCUCUGCGCGGCGGCGAAGUCCGGUGAAGAGGGCGAAGUCGCUAAACUCCUUGCUUCAGGAGCUGACGCGACCCACUUCGAUGCCGACGGCUUGACGCCGCUGAUGCACGCGUCCGCGGGGGGGCACGCCGCCGUUGCGCGCCUCCUCCUCGACUGCGGUGCGCCCUGGAACGCGCUCUCCCCCUCGGGCCUCUCGGCAGGGGACCUAGCCUCCGACCCCGACACCUACGACCUCCUCCUCGACCACGCCAUCCGCUCCGAGCUCGUCCUGGGCACCGUCGCGCGGCGGCAAGCGGCCCCCGCGAACGGUCCCCCGGCCGAGAGCUACCUCGAAUCCAGGGUCUCGUUCAGCGAGGAGAGGGUGAUGGACGCGGAGAGCAAGGCGGUGAUGAUGGCGUGGGAGCGGCCGCUGAUGGAGGCGCACGCGCGGGCGGUGUGCCAAGGCGGCGGCAAGGUGCUCAACGUGGGGUUCGGCAUGGGGCUCGUGGACGAAGCGAUACAGAGGUACGGGCCCGAGGAGCACACCAUUGUCGAGGCCCACCCGGAGGUGUACGAGCGGAUGCUCAAGCUCGGAUGGGGCGACAAGAAGAACGUCAGGAUCGUGUUCGGGCGAUGGCAGGACGUGAUGCCGCAGCUCGGAUCUUAUGACGGCAUAUUCUUCGACACGUACGGGGAAUACUACGAGGACAUGAGAGAGUUCCACCAGCACCUUCCUAAGCUACUGAAGCCCGGAGGCAUCUACUCGUACUUCAACGGCCUCUGCGGCGACAACGCGUUCUUCCACGCCGUGUAUUGCCAGCUCGUCGCGCUGGAGCUCGCGAACCUUGGGUACUCGACGCAGUUCAUCCCUCUGCCGGUCAAAGAUUGCCUGGCGGAGGAGGUCUGGAAGGGCGUGAAGCGGAAGUACUGGCAACUGGACACCUACUACCUCCCUGCUUGCCAGUCAGAAUCAGAAUCUACUAUCAAGUAGUGAUGAGUUAUUUCUAGUCUGCGUUCUGAAGUUGGUUGUCUGUUUUGAGCUACGUACAUUUUUGUUCUGUGUUACGAAUGUUAACCCUUUCACUUUCGGGAGCUGAAUUUUCUUUGGGCGUGUGGUGAUUUGCCCUCUCUCGUAUGCUCCUGACGCGUGCGUGCAUUCGUGGUUCGAAAAAUAGAAUUGUCAUGGAAAAAUUUGGUUCCCUGACGAUCAUUUUCCUUGCCAUGUUGGACCGCGUGGCUCUA